GCUUAUGUGAGUCGUGACCGCGCACCUCUCUCAACCUCCUCCUCGAGUCAGACUCGGGCGGCGCGAGCGUGACACGCGUCGAAUAGAAAGCGAGCGUCGCGUUUCCAGCUGAGCGCGUACUCUCUCCCAGCGCGUGUGCGUGCGUGUGUAUGUUGUUAUCAUCAUCGCGCUCUCCGCCGCGCGCAGAAUGGCUAGAUUCACCCAGACUGAAGCGAGAAGGCAGCAGCAUCCUCAGCAGCAGCACCAGCAGCAUCCUCAUCCUGCCCACGCCAGCCUGCUCUUCACCGGACCGGGGGCGGUACCGAGCCAGGCAGCGGCACCACUGCUCCUGAUCCCGCACCAGCCCCAAUACGCGCACAUCACCUUCGCCAAGCCCAUGAACGGCUCCGAGCCCAUCUCCAUCCACUCCGACAACGGCACCAUGAAAGACCAGGAUGCCAUCAAGCUCUUUAUAGGACAGAUCCCGCGCAAUCUCGAGGAGAAGGACCUCAAACCUCUCUUCGAGCAGUUUGGGAAGAUCCACGAACUGACGGUCCUCAAGGACCGUUAUACUGGCAUGCACAAAGGCUGUGCGUUUCUCACCUACUGUGCUCGGGAAUCAGCCAUCAAAGCCCAGAAUGCACUGCAUGAACAGAAGACUCUACCAGGGAUGACACGGCCUAUACAAGUUAAGCCAGCGGACAGCGAGAGUCGAGGAGAAGACAGAAAGUUGUUCGUGGGGAUGCUGAAUAAACAGCAGACAGAAGAAGACGUUUAUCGUCUUUUUGAGCCUUACGGAGUCAUCGAAGAGUGCACCGUAUUAAGAGGGCCUGAUGGAAACAGUAAAGGUUGUGCCUUUGUUAAGUUUUCAACACACACUGAGGCGCAGUCGGCUAUCGGCGGGCUGCAUGGAAGUCAGACCAUGCCUGGAGCUUCGUCCAGUCUGGUGGUAAAGUUCGCUGAUACGGAUAAAGAGAGAACCGUACGCCGCAUGCAACAGAUGGUCGGCCAGUUUGGCAUGUUUAACCCGACCGUGGCCCUGCCUUUCAGCACCUACAGUAGCACCUACAGUACAUACACACAUGCGUUGAUGCAGCAGCAGGCUGCGAUAAUGGCCGCCUCUCACGGUGGAUAUUUAGCGCCCAGCGUUGCAUUUCCUGCCACUCAGAUUCACCAGAUGGGGGCGCUAAACAUGAACGGCUUGCCACCAACUCCCAUGACACCUGUUUCAGCUUUCCCGUUUACUUGCCCUGUCCAGUAUGGCGGCGACAUUGACAUGGUUCCGACUGGCUGUUGCAUUAUGGGUUUGAGCUCUCCGCCAGCUAACCUGGCGUCCUCCGCCGUGCCAAGCAUCGUGACGCCCAUUGUGAACGGCUUCAGUGGCAUUCCCCACCAGCCCAACGGUCACCCGGUAGAAGCAGUGUACACCAACGGCCUGCCUCCGUAUUCCACCCAGAGCCCCACGGCUGCAGAUACGCUCCAGCAGGCUUUCACCGGCGUCCAGCAAUACACAGCCAUAUAUCCUGCCACGACACUGAGCUCUAUAGGUCAAACUCUGCCACAACCCGCUCAAAUCAUCCAGCAACAACAGCAGCAGCAGCGAGAAGGUCCUGAAGGCUGUAAUCUGUUCAUCUAUCACCUGCCGCAGGAGUUCGGCGACAACGAACUGAUGCAGAUGUUUCUUCCUUUCGGCUCCGUCAUCUCGUCAAAGGUGUUCAUGGACCGAGCGACCAAUCAGAGCAAGUGUUUCGGCUUUGUGAGCUUUGACAACCCUUCCAGCGCUCAGACUGCCAUCCAGGCCAUGAACGGAUUCCAGAUUGGCAUGAAACGCUUAAAAGUUCAACUGAAGCGACCGAAGGACGCCAGCCGUCCGUACUGACUGAAACCAGAGAGACACGUGUACACUGUCACACAUCAGAGGGGUUUUGAACAGUUGUAGUCUUGAUGUUUUGACGGAUGGAAACUUUUCUUGAAAAACUAACACACAAAAAAGACCGAACAAACAACAACAACACAAAACACACCAAGAGAGCGAGAAACCAAGCGCAGAAGGGAGUUGGGAGAAACAUAUCGCAUUUAACUUAAGCACGUCGCCACCACGAUGGAAGAUGGGCGUCACGGGGGACGCCGACGACGAUGCCGGAAACGAGGACAAAAAAAGACACAAACCUUUUCCUCUUUUGAAAAACAACGCAUAGCGAACACUUUGGAAGAACGGUGCAUGGCUACGAGUUCACGACGGCUGACCUAGAAGCAAAAGACCAAUCCAUGCACAUAUCAAAAGACUCUUCUAAUGGAAAGCGUCAGUCGUAGCUUUUACUUCUGUGGAAUAAUGAGGGUUUAAUGUUGAAGAUCCAAGGUAACCCGUCAUUUGGACGGAUAGAAUUCUCUCUCUUUCUCUCUCUCUCUCUCUCUCGCUCUAUAUUCCCUCUCUCCUGCAGAGCUGGUGUGUACGCCACUGGCGCAGUUUAAUGAACUCUCUCUUACCCGUAGGGACCAGAGGACCAAAUCUUUUUAAUCUAUGUCGGUAUCGUAAAGAUGUACAAUAUUACCACGCGAUGAUCGAUUAUCUUACACUACACACAUGCUAUUCAUAUAAUAUGCCAAUUAAGAGUUAGACACAAAUACUUCAGGGUGUAUAGUGUAGGUUUACGGGGGUUAAUCGAAUAAAACUAGUUUCCAGGUUAUGGGGGCAAAAAAACGUAAGGAUGUUGGUAGAUUCUGUUUAGUGGGGUAUUUUAGACUAUUGUUAUAAACUAUGACGUGUGUUGAUAUGGAAUUGUUAUGGGCACAUUCUGAAAUGCUUUUCAUUGCCACGUCGCAUUUCAGAAAGAAAUAUGACAGGGCCAUUCGGUCCAUUGCGAUAUUUAAUUCAUCCGCCAUCUUAAAAUGACCAGAACGAAAGCUUAACUCGAUAUAUUUGCCAAACAACAGCUUUUAGUGUUGAGCUUCACGCUUUCUAAAGGAGACGUCACGCCGGAAAUGUCUUUAAAGUGGCUGCUUUUAGGAUGGGUUCGAUCACUUUUUUAAAAACAAAUAUCGGCUUUGAAUUGAAUUUCGGAUUAAUGUCACUUAUACAGUAUGUGACACUGGACCACAAAACGUAAGUUAAGUCUUAAGUAGCUCGAGAACGUUUGUGGCAAUAGCCACAAUAUAUCAAAACUUUAUUUUUGUGAGUGGAUGCGGCAAAAUCGCUAACAAAAAUGGCCAGAAACACGGCUACAAAUUUCACUCGCUGUUGUUGCUAGAUACCAAGUUUGGUAUCUAUGUAAAGCUUAGAAUUUCUGCUCUCUUCACAACAUCAUUACAGCGGUAAGCCAAUAGAGGGCGUUAAACAACCUGUUUCUUCUUAGCAACGGCCUGCUACAGCGCAACUUCAAAGGCGAUUUUCUCAAUGUUUUGAUUUUACAAAUCAUAAAUCAAUAGAAAGCCUGCAUAUUCAGAUUUCAGAUUAUGUAAAAAUCUCAAUUUUGAUAAAUUGACCCUUAAGGCUGGUCUUGUUGUCCAGGCUCACAUAUUUGAUUUUGUGACAUAUUUCAGCUUACUUAUAUAUGCAUUUGCAUUCAAAUAGCAUAAUUCCUACUAUACUGCCAUUAAACAAAAUCUCACACCAUGUAGUAUUUUCAUGUUUUCUGUCCUUCAGACAGACAAAUUUGUAUAUGUAGACCAAAGGAAGAAGUUGGUUCAACGCUGGUCCAGAAGAACUUCCGCAUCAGUUUUUUAACACUACACAAACAUUUCAACAAACUACAAGAUAACAUUUAUAACCCAAUCAUAAUGUUUCACGAAUAUCUUUAAGAUUUAACCAUAUAUAUAAGAUUUCAAAAAUAAUCAUAAAAUUACAAAAUUAAACCGGACCAGUGUUUGCGUUUUGUGAAGUGGUCUAUGCGUGAUCCAUACAAUGGAAGUCAAUGGGGACCAAAUGGAAGUCAAUGGGGACCAAUGUCGUUUGGUUAUCAACAUUCUUCAAAAUAUCUUCUUUUGUGUUCUGCAGAAGAAAGAAACUCAUUCAGGUUUGGAAUGACAUGAAGGUCAAUAAAUGAUCGAAACUAUCCCUAAAAACGGCCACAAAAAGACAUUUUGCUUGGCGUUUCCAUUGUGAGAAUGGGCUGUUUAGAGAUGAAGAACUUUCAUUUACAAUCGUGCCAUAGUACAACAUUAAGCUUUGAAUUUGCAUCAGUGACUUGCACUGAUAUGCUGUUUGCCAGAAGAGCCUUCUAGAACGUUUCUAUUAGACAAAUCAGAGCGUAUGACAGCGUGACACAGCACACAGAGAUAUUACCACGUCUCGGUUCACAUCUGUAAUCUCGAGACUCUUUCGAGACAGUAGUUCUUCUCUGUUCAUGCUUUAUUCAGGUAUCUCACGUGUAGGUUAAAUGAACUUUCUAAUAGCUCAUAGUUACACUGUAUUGUGCAUGCCUAUGUAAACGUAGUACUUAUGUAGAGCCGGGGCCACGGGCCUAAACGACCAAGGAAAAUGAUAGUUUAGUCUUGUAAAGGAACAAAAGAGUAUAUACGGAGGUGGAAACGUUCGUAAACAAACCAGCGAGAACAUUGUUCAUCUUUUAAAGUCAAAAUGAAAUGAACAUUGAGCCUCUUUACGUUUUUUUAACACUGUUGCUGGUUAUAUUGUACAUGAUUCAUCGAUGCACGUUAUCCAAAGAUAAAUAUUUGCAUAAUCUCUCAACAAAACGCAACAACUGUAAAAACGAGAGGUUGAGUUUCAUGUUGACUUUAACAUCAUGCUUAGUUGUUUUGACCUACUCAACCCGUUCAAACCUUUUCGGACCAAACAGUAAUCUGGUUCCUGAGCAGAAUUUCUCUUGUCUUGCCGUGACCAAUGAACCGCGCAAAUGUGCCGUGUGCCAGGACAGCACCGUUUCUUUCAAGCGAUUUCAAGGAAAUUUGAAGCUGAAGUGAUUGGACAGCAUCUUCCACCCUCCAUCUUUAAUAUUUAUGGGACAAAGUGGAUUUGAACAUUUUGACAGGUCACACAAAAAUUCUGUUGUGCCAAUAUAAGCUUGUGAAAAUUUUUGAAAAGCAAGAACCAAAUUUACCCAGAAGUCGCUAUGUAGAGGACCUUUAAUAUAUUUCUUGCAUUGUGACUUUCACAAUUUUUAUUGGGAUUGGCAAAAACAUUUUUUUUGUUUUGUUUAAAUUUCAAAUUCUACCUGGACAUGUCUCUGACAGGUUUCAUGACAUUCGUGCAAACGUUUGUUUUACAGAUAUACAAAAAAAAGUAACAUCCAAACAUUUACACCUAGCGGUAGACUAAAUCCAUAAAAUACAGCAUUUCUCUUGUUUCCUCUCACACUGUACACUAAAUAUCAAAACUGUCCGCUGAAAGUACAGUAUUACAGUACAUUACGCUCUGAAAUAUAAAGGUGAUGUCAUAAGACAAAUUUGUAAGUACCUAAAGGGUGUCAUCCAAGAACCUGAUGUUCCUGUGAUGUCAUGGAACAACCUUUAUCGAUCAUAUGAUGUCAUAGAAAAAUGGGUGCUUCUGAAAAACGCAGGUGGUCCUCACCCUUCCUGUUAACAGAACCGAUUCACCCAUCUAAAGAAACUAUAAUGUAACGUCAACAACUUUUUAGAUCUUUGCAGAGCCAUAUUGCCAACCCAAGAACAGACAUAUAGUUCUUGAUAAGAACCUUUAUUACGUUUAAUCUGAUCACGGUGUCAUCAUGUACAGUCGAGAUAUUUAUUGAAGGCACAUAAGUAUCGAUUUUUUACUCUACACAAAUCAUCCCAACGGAAAGUGACUACAUGAGCUACAUUGAAAGGCACGCUUUUAUUCUGCACCUAUUCGAUAUAAAUACCAUAACUUUGAACAUGCUAAAAUUCCUUCCAUAAUAAAUGAUGUCAGACUCUUUCAUCUCGGCUUCAGAAGCCUCAUGUAGCGUCACGACCAAAUCUGCUCCCUUGACUAAACCGUUUAACCACCUCGGAGAGCGACACCAUCAUUCCCAGACAGGAUCCAGUGAGAUGACGGAUGUGUUCGGAAUGGCAUACUACCAUACUACUUAAGUAUACCGUGCGCAACAUGCACAUUUUCCGUCCGCAUGGAAUACCCGGAUGACCUGCAUUUGCCAAAAUGUAUAAAACGACAUAACACAAUACGCAAGCUCCGCUCAUGUUUUGCAGAAUAGAAUACGCACCGUCAAAAGAUGGUUUGUUUGUUGUUGCAUACUGCAUAUAUCGUUUUUAUGUAGUAUGCCAUUCGGAACGUGUCCCAUAACAACGGAGAACAUUCCUAGCCGUGCGGCAGCUGUACCGAGCAGUGGCACAUGUGAUUUUUUUCGAGAUGUUUUUAAGCUAAACCUUACAUACACGAUGUACAAACAUGAAGAUUCACGUUCUGUUUCAAUUUCUAGUCUUUCUAUUGCCAAAAAAAAAAGAGAAAGAAAAUAGUUCUUAUUUCUUAGCUUGCCCCGCCUAUAGUUACGAGCUCACUCUUUGUGCAUGCUUACUGCUAGAAACGUAGAGACACUUUUUUUUUAGUAAAAGGCUUCGAAAACAUAAAAACGCAUUGUUGCGCCGCAUUUUAUUUUCCUUUUCAACCAAUACCUCCGAGGGUAAAGGUCAAAGCUUCAAGGAAACCGAGGCGCUGGCGGAGGUUGCGGUUAUCACGGCGACGUAGCGCCGCAUCGAGAAUCCAAGCGCGGGAGUCGCCGGUCACGCUCCUCAGGUUUUGGGGCUAUUUCGGGAGUAUGUUUUACAAACUGUGUUUUUUAUCCAUAUGAUGUUACUACCUGAACUAAGCCAUGUUAUCUUCUUUCAUACUCCUUCAUACUGCCACAGUACUCUGCUAGAGCAACGCUGCAUACAGUAUCAAAACAUACGAACCUCAAGCUUUCUAUUCCAGUCUCACUCCAUGUUAGCUUCGGUUUGUGGUCAUUUGUUGCAUCCAGAAUGUUUUGUACAGAAGAAAUGGGGGGUUAAGGAUGUUCUAGAUAAUAUACCGGUAUGAUGUGGUUCUUUAUAUACGUCAUUGAAUGCAAAGGGAUGCGCUUGAAAAUGAAUUAUGAAAUCUGUCUUAUGUAUUUGGUGGGAUUGUUGAUAGCACAGAAAGCUUCUUUUCAGGUAGAAUGGGUUAGAGACGUACAGUACAAAGCUUCCGGUUAUUUUCUGUCCGGGUGAAGCGAUUCGCAAAAUCCAGGCUCGCUGUAAAGGGACAGAAAACAUCGACGGAGCUCUGGGUUGGGUUUGCUCUGAACGAUUGUGUUAUAUUGUAGGGUUUCUUAGCACAAUAUACGAAACAGAUGUAAGCUAAAUAAUGAAUCUAUGUUUAUAUCUUAUGGAGGGAAGUAUGGGACACAAUGAGUUUAAGCCUUUUAAUGGAGAUGUCAAAGACAAGAUAACCUUCCUUUUCUUUUCGAAGAAAAACGGACCAUCAUCUUUCCUCCGAACUUGCUGCUUUGACAAUUCAGUGUGUUAAGGGUUUUAACGAUGGUGUUUUAUUUAUUGUUUCGGUCAUUUAUUUAUUUCAAAUGAUUUUGUCGUUAGAAUUUGAACAUUUGCAUUUUUUAUUUGUAUAUUUAGGUACAUAUGAACUUUAAGUUGAUCAUUUCUGACAUUAUGUAUGAAUGAUGCUUAAUGGGGCUUUUUCUGUCUUUCUUCUUUUUUCAAUUUUACAAUAAAAAUGAGAAAUGCUCACCA